GACGCCUGUGACAGUACUUGCGGGGAAAGGCGGUUGGUGUGUAGCGUUGAACUUUACUUGCAUGUCGUUCUUGCUGUUGGCCAAAAGAAAUGCAUACUUUUUGCGUCGUCGACCUCAUAUAGCUCACCGAUACUAUGCUACCGAAGUAUUAAUAAACGCUGGCAUUAAACCUACGCCUUUUGGACAACCUUUAUAUCCUUCACAUCCCCACCUACUCCAACCAGGGGAGACUACGCCAGGAAUACCUGAAGAGGAAUAUGAACGUCGGCGAAGGGCAUUGAUGGACAGCCUUCCGGACGACAGUUUGGUGGUUUCAGUGGCUGGCCAAGUGAAAUAUAUGAGCGGUCAAAUAUUCUACAAAUUUCGUCAAGCAUCAGAUUUCUGGUACCUCACUGGCUUCGAAGAACCAGAUUCUGCUGUUGUCCUUGAGAAGAAUUCCUCAACCAGGGGGUAUCGCAUGACUUUAUUCUCCUCGGGCAAAGACUCCGCGAAAGAGCAGUGGGAGGGCGCGAAAACAUCUUUCCAAGAUAUCAUGACCAACUUCAAAGCGGACGAUGCCCAGCACAUAUCUUCGUUCGCCUCCGCACUAAAGUCGCUCGCAUCUAGCUUCUCGAAUGUGUAUUUGGACAUUCCACAGACAUCUGUAACUGCGAAGCGGAACCGUAUAUUCCAGAAGACUAUAUUGAAGUACCUAUCUGCAGAGGGGUUUAACAACAAGGUGGAUUACGAAAGCCUGAUUGACUCGAUAAGUAGUUCAAAACGAAAAUCGCUUUUUCCCGAAGUCUCGAAGCUGAGAGCAGUCAAAAGCAAGGUAGAACAGAAGGUGAUGCGAGCCGCUGCAGAUAUUAGUGGUCGUGCGCAUGCCAAGGUCAUGCGUUUCACUGAGCCAGGACAGUCAGAACAUGCAAUAGCCUCUCAUUUCGAAUAUCUUUGCACAGUGAAUGGCGCACAGCGCCUAGCUUACGUUCCCGUAGUUGCCUCUGGGCCUAAUUCACUAAUUAUUCACUAUACCUCCAAUAAUCAACUCGUUGAAGAUGGCGAAAUGGUGCUUAUAGAUGCAGCUUGCGAGUAUAACGGUUACGCCUCAGAUAUUACGCGCACGUAUCCCGUCUCUGGGAAAUUUUCGUCCUCACAAGCGGAACUCUAUGGCGCAGUUCUAGCAGCACAAAAGUACCUUAUUACCCUUUGCUCAGAAUCCUCCAACAUUUCUCUCGCACAGCUCCAUCGGGAGUCAUGCCAUGUCAUUCGCAAGGAGCUGAAUCGGAUUGGGUUCGACCUUCAGGGUAUGACGGGUACAAGCGACGUGGAAGCCGUGCUUUACCCUCAUUAUGUUGGACAUCCUAUUGGCAUCGACCUUCACGAGUCGAGCGAGCAGUAUCGCAGUCGACCGUUACAAGAAGGAAUGGUCGUGACAGUGGAACCAGGUGUCUAUGUACCGCCUUCGCCCAGUUUCCCUACCCACUUCCAUAACAUGGGGAUUCGGAUAGAGGAUGAGGUCCUGGUUGGUAAGAACCACCCGACGAUCUUAAGUGUGAACGCACCGAAGGAGAUCGCUGAUGUCGAGGGUGCAUGUCAAGGAUUACUAGGUCUCGAACCUCUCUAGCAUGCAUGUACUGCGACUCUCGUGCGUUAUAAGCCGAACGACAUUGUGUAGCGUAUUACAAAUUGCAACAUCGUGAUAUCGCGACCGCCAUACUGUUGUUUGGGGAACUAGAAAUCUUCUCCAGAUGACAACGUAAAUUGAUGUUCAUUUGUUCAACGGGUGCGCGCAGCGACAGAGUUCAGAGUUCAACCACGGACACGCUCGGCUCCUAAGUUGCGUUGAAUGCUUUUAGACUGUAUAUCGGCUGGCCUUAGGCAGCAUAAAUGAAAUUACACUACUCAAUAGAAAUACAGAAACCUCCACAAG